AUGGAGGAUUCCUCCUCAUAUAAGACCGUCUUUUCAAUCGGGAGGUUCAAGAUCCGGAAGCUACAGAGUGGGGUCUCCUCUGAACAAGCCCCUGGUACCAAUAAAAGCCUAUCAGGGGUGACAGCUCACUCACAAGCGGCGGAGGAGAAUGGAUCUCUUUCAGCCCCACCGGACUAUGAGACCACGAUUGAUGCUUUGCCACGAUAUGAAUUCUAUGCCCUCUCGGCACCGCCUGGACGUCGGAAGAUCCGGCCCUCACUGGACAUGCUCAGAAAUGCAGACCCGAGUAGUGCGGAACCUGGUACGAAGGAUGGGGAGGAGAAGGACGUGGAAGCGGACGAGCCAGAAGCAGAACCUGUCCGGUUCGGCUGGGUGACGGGUGUCAUGAUCCGGUGCAUGUUGAAUAUCUGGGGUGUGAUCCUUUAUCUACGUCUUCCAUGGAUAACCGCACAAGCUGGAAUAGGGCUGACCUGGCUGAUCAUUCUGAUGUCCUCUGUGGUGACCAGUAUCACUGGCCUUUCCAUCUCGGCCAUCUCCACCAACGGCAAGGUCAAAUCGGGGGGCACCUACUUCCUCAUCUCCCGCAGCCUGGGCCCGGAGCUCGGGGGCUCCAUUGGGCUCCUCUUCUCCUUCGCCAAUGCCGUCGCUGUCGCCAUGCACGUGGUGGGCUUCUCCGAGACCGUCAAGGACCUCCUGGUGGAAUUCGAUGCCGUGAUGACUGACCCGGUGAACGACAUCCGGAUUGUGGGCGUGAUCACGAUCACCGUCCUGCUUGGCAUCGCCUUGGCUGGCAUGGAGUGGGAGGCGAAGGCUCAAGUGGUCUUCUUCUUCGUUAUCAUGAUCUCCUUCAUCAACUACUUCAUUGGGACGUUCAUCCCCGCCACGCCAGAGAAAAUGGCCAAGGGCUACUUCAGCUAUCGUGGUGACAUCUUCUUGGAGAAUAUCGGGCCUGAAUGGCGAGGCGAGUCCGGGAGUUUCUUCGGCAUGUUCUCCAUUUUCUUCCCAUCAGCCACAGGGAUCUUGGCUGGAGCUAAUAUUUCAGGAGACCUCAAGGACCCGGCUGUGGCCAUUCCCCAGGGGACACUGAUGGCCAUCUUCUUGACCACCUUGACGUACCUGGCCAUCGCUGCCACCAUAGGGACUUGUGUGAUCCGGGAUGCCAGUGGCAGCAUGAAUGACACUCUGGGGACCUCCAACUUCACAGGCGGGGACUGUGUCGGCCUGGGCUGUCUGUCUGGGUGGAAUUUCACAGAGUGCACCGAGGCCGGGACCUGCGAAUACGGCCUUGCCAAUGACUACCAGACCAUGAGCAUGGUGUCGGCAUUCAGCCCCCUCAUCACAGCUGGCAUUUUUGCGGCCACGCUGUCUUCCGCCUUGGCCUGCCUUGUUUCUGCUCCCAAAGUCUUCCAGUGCCUCUGCCAGGAUAAUCUGUACCCCCUCAUCGGCUUCUUUGCAAAGGGGUAUGGAAAGAACCAGGAGCCUCUGCGGGCUUAUGCCCUGACCUUCAUCCUGGCCAUUGCCUUCAUCCUCAUUGCCGAGCUGAACACCAUUGCACCCAUCAUCUCCAACUUCUUUCUGUGCUCCUACGCCCUCAUCAAUUUCAGCUGCUUCCAUGCCACCAUCACCAACUCCCCCGGCUGGAGGCCUUCGUUCCGCUACUUCAGCAAAUGGACGGCCCUCUUUGGCUCCGUCGUCUCUGUGGUCAUCAUGUUCCUGCUGACCUGGUGGGCCGCCCUCAUUGUCGUCGGCAUAAUCAUCGUGAGUCUGGCGUACGUCACCUACAAGAAACCAGAGGUGAACUGGGGCUCCUCCGUGCAGGCGGGCACCUACAACAUGGCGCUGUCGAACGCAAUGAACCUGACGAAUGUGGAGGACCACGUCAAGAACUUCCGGCCACAGUGUUUGGUCCUCUCCGGCCCGCCCAGCUUCCGCCCAGCCCUGGUGGAUUUCGUUGGCGCUUUCACCAAGGACGUGAGCCUCAUGAUAUGUGGGAACGUGGCCGAGAUUCGGGAAGCGGCGUGUGCCGAGAACUACACCGAGCAGCUGCAGUGGCUCAAGGCACGCAAGGUGCGCGCCUUCUACAACUUCAUCACCGUCGGGGACCUCCGAUCCGGGGCCAGGAGCCUCAUGCAGGUCUCGGGCCUGGGGCGCCUCAGACCCAACACUGUAGUUCUGGGUUACAAGCAGAAUUGGCAGACCGACUCUCCCCACAAUCUGGAGAAUUAUGUCAGCAUAAUACAUGACGCUUUUGACUUCAGCGCUGGAGUCUGUGUCCUCCGGAUGCGAGAUGGACUGGAUAUGUCCCGGAGAGUGAAGGCCCAAGUGAACUUGGGCUUUGAGGAUCCAGAAGCGGCUCUGAGCAGAGAGAAACCACAGCGUGACGCGUUCAGAGUAGUUGGGGCCGAGCCACACCUGGAGACGGUGUUCCAGGGCAAGCAGAAGAAGAAAAAUAUUGACAUCUACUGGCUCUUUGAUGACGGCGGCCUGACCCUCCUCAUACCCUACCUGCUCACCCGCCGGAAACGCUGGAGCUGCUGCAAGGUCCGAGUCUUCAUCAGCGGGCAGAUCGCCGACGCGGAGCAGCACAGGGAAGAGAUCCAGUUUUUGUUGAACAAAUUCCGCCUGGGCUUCAACGAGGUCGUGGUGCUGCCUGAGAUCAUGUGGAAGCCAGAAGAGACAAGUCAGAAAGAAUUUGAGGACCUCAUAGCCCCGUAUAGGCUCCAUGAGGGCCAGAAAGGUCCAGAAGCCACGGAAGGGUUGGAAAAGGAAUCCCCUUGGAAGAUCUCCAGUGAGGACCUCAGAGUCUACAGGAAAAAGUCUGAACAGCACAUGCGUCUCCAUGAGAUUCUACAGGACCAUUCCCGCAACGCAGCCCUCAUAGUCAUGAGCCUCCCCGUGGUGCGGAAAGGGGCCUGCCCCAGCGCCCUCUACAUGGCCUGGCUGGAGACCGUCUCCAGGGACCUGCACCCGCCUGUCGCCUUCAUCCGAGGGAACCAAGAGGACGCGCUCACUUUCUACUGCCAGUAGAAGGCAGGGCUCCGAAGAGCGGGCGAUGCAAGAGGCUGCGGGCAGCACCGGAUUUGACAGGAAAGCCGCACGGGAACGUGGCUCCUUGCCCGAGCCGGUCGGUCCCCGGCUGCAGCCGGGUCC